UCUCUGCACGUUCUUUUGUCGCUUGCUUAUCCACUUGGUAACACGAAAAAACGAUAUGGAGUGAAUUAAACAAGUUCUGUACUCAUUAUUGCUUAUACUGACAUAUCUUGUUGUAAUAUAGAGAGUAAAAGAGAGCUGUGCCUGAAUCCACUGUUGUCACGGAGCUAAAGGCAGUGAAUUCUGCUAAAAUGGUCAGGUUUUGGUAAAGAGUUGGAAACAUCGUGCGGAGAUCCUUUCCACGGAAUGAUACAGAUCCCCACGUUCCAGGCGUUCUCCCAGAGAUUCAUAGAUUCCCAGUCCGGGGGGCUGGGUGGCGAGCCAACCGUGUUUGUGACUCUGACUUUAGAUGGAUUGCCAGGAUCAUCAUCUUCAUCUUCAUGGUGGUAGGACAAACACUAACACGAACUAAAAAGGGCCCAACGUUGGUGACUGAACUCUUGUCAACAAAGGCAAGUGAAACUGAGGACGAACUAAGCUCAAGGGAAUUUAAAAGGGGAUUUAUUUACGUGCGCACUUUAUUAUUUUAGUUUGUUAUUUUUUUCAUAACUGUUUUUGUAUAUGUAUGUACCAGCCCAUGUGUGUUUAAUACAUUUUAUGAAAAUUGUCAUUCUGGUGUGGUAUUCUUUUUAUUGACCUUCAAUUCUCAGGCUCUUAACAAUUUAGCAUCUUCUGAUUCUGGUCCAUAUUCAUAUUACUGAUAACCUCUAAGACUACUUUAGACUACUACACCUAUGUACAUUCUUACUACCUCGUAAUAAGGGUUACAGAGUGUUUUAGGUUUAGCAUUUUAAAUUUGGGCCGUUGCAACUUCCGCUGAAAUGAGUCACCUCAAACACACUACCUCCAUUCUUAACAUAUCAGGAAAAAAAGGUGUGUUUAGUCUCGCAUUUAGAAACCGGUUACACAAACGAAAGUCCACUAAACUGACAUUGUGGACUUAUUGACAGUCUUUACUUUUUAGCGUUCUCUUAUCAAGAAAAUAUUACCCUUACAAAGUGGGAUGAUGUUUUUCUGUGUGACUCUCCUGAUUCUCGUCAGCUUCAUGAAAUUUCAAUCAGAGGGAUUAACGGUGGUUGGUCCAGACGCUCCUCUUGUUGCUGUAGCUGGUGAAGACCUGAUUCUGCCCUGUUUUAUCAAACCCCAAACCAGCGCUGUGGACAUGACAGUGGAGUGGAUGAGAUUAAAGGAUGUGGCUUCAUUAGUGCAUCUCUAUAAGGAUCAUAAAGACAGAAAUGAAGAUCAGACUCAGUCUUACAGUGGAAGAACAUCACUGUUUAAAGAGGAGCUACAGAAAGGCAAUGCUUCACUCAGACUCUCAGCUCUCCGAGUCUCUGAUGAAGGAAAAUAUAAAUGUCUCGUUGAGGACAAAUCCUGGUAUGAUGACAUCACUGUUCAUGUCACUGUUGAGGCGCAGGGAAGCCACCCGGUGAUCACAAUGGAGAGUUAUGAUCGCUCAGGAGGGAUUAAUCUAGUGUGUGAGUCCAGAGGCUGGAACCCUGAACCUGAGGUUCUGUGGAUGAACAGAGAAGGAGACACUCUGCCUGCUGAAGAUACACAGAUACACAGAGACACUGAGGGCUUCAGUGUGAAACGCCACAUCACUGUUUAUGAUUAUAGCGACUCCAGCAGGUUUUACUGCAGACUUCAACAAAAACAUCACAUGCUGGAGGCAGAGGUUAUCAUUAAUAGUAAAGUCUUUGAUGCUUGGAAGUGGGUUGUCGGCAUUUCAGUUUCAGCAUGUCUUAUUACUGUUGGAUGGAUAGUAACUGCAGUUAUCUGUUAUAAGAAAGCCUCAGAGCUUCGGAAGGAGAAGGAAUAUGCAGAGUUAUUAAAGAAGAAGUUGUUUGCAGUGGAUGUGACUCUGGAUCCUGAUACAGCUCAUCCUAAACUCAUCCUGUCUGCUGAUGGAAAACAAGUGACACAUGGAGACACAUGGCAGGAUCUCCCUGAUACACCACAGAGGUUUAAUACAUGUGUUAAUGUUCUGGUGCAGCAGAGUUUCUCCUCAGGGAGAUUUUAUUAUGAGGUGCAGGUCAGAGGGAAAACUGACUGGGAUCUCGGAGUCGCCAAAGAGUCCAUUAACAGGAAGGGGAAGAUUACAUUGACUCCUCAGUAUGGAUUCUGGACUGUGCGGCUGACGAAUGAGAAUCAGUAUAAGGCUCUUGCUGGUCCCCCUGUCCGCCUCACACUGAGAGAGAAGGUGGAGAAGGUGGGGGUGUUUGUGGAUUAUGAGGAGGGUCUGGUCUCCUUUUAUGAUGUGAAGUCCAGCUCUCAUAUCUACUCUUUCACUGGUCAGUCUUUCACUGAGAAACUCUAUCCAUUCUUCAGUCCUUGUUCAAAUGCAGGAGGUAAAAAUUCAACAGCACUGAUCAUCACUCCUGUAUUUAACACUGAAUGAAUUUUCACCUCACAGAUUUAGUCAUCUAUUAAAUGGUGAGAAUUAAAAGUUAAUAUUUUAUUUUUUCUGGUAAAUUUUUAGAAAUACAUAUUCCCUUUUAAAGUGUUGUACAGUUUAUUUUAAAACCUGAGUUUUUUUUUUUUUGCAUAAACAAAUAAUGUUAAUCCUUCAGUCUGUUUUUUACACAUUAUGAUUGUGGAACUUUAUUGAUAUUUGAUUUGUAAUGAUAAAGAUCAUUUACAGUUCACACUGAGUUUUACUGCAGAAUUUAAUAUGAUCAAUAAAAUGUAUGAAGUUCA